AUGAGAACGUACGACGAUACCUUCUCCGGCCAGAGGAUCUACCCUGGAAAGGGUAAGCUGUACGUCCGUGGCGACAGCAAGAUCUUCCGUUUCCAGAACGGCAAGUCCGAGUCGCUUUUCCUCCAGCGCAAGAACCCCCGCCGCAUUGCCUGGACUGUCCUCUACCGCCGCCAGCACAAGAAGGGUAUCUCUGAGGAGGUCGCCAAGAAGCGCUCCCGCCGUACCGUCAAGGCCCAGCGUGCCAUCGUCGGUGCCUCCCUCGAGGUGAUCAAGGAGCGCCGCUCCAUGCGCCCUGAGGCCCGCUCCGCCGCUCGUCUCGCCGCCAUCAAGGAGUCCAAGGCCAAGAAGCAGGAGACUCAGGCCGCCAAGAAGGCUGAGAAGGCCAAGAACGCUGCCAACCCCAAGGCCCGUGUCACCUCCAAGCAGGGUGCCAAGGGUGCGCCCGUCAAGGUCGCUGCCAAGUCCCGUUAA